ACGUGAUUUUAUGUCGAAUUUGCCAUUUAUUUUCCGCAACAAAAAAAAAAAAACGGUUUCAAGAAACAUAUCGAGUAUUUAGCCAAGCCAGGCAUUUGCUAAUUCAGUGCUUGGGCUUCUUAGAACUCAUUGCAAAUAUUUUGAAAUGGAAAAAUUUGGUUUAUUGGUUCUUGUGGCAACAGUGGCGUGUGUAUACGCCUCAAAACCUGAAACCUGUACCCUUGAUGGUGUCACUUUUAAGGCUGGUGAAUAUUUCGAAAGAAUAGGCAAAUGCCAAUUGGUGAAGUGUACUGGGUCGCAAGUUCUGAUUUCUUCGGUUUGUCCCAUUGACCAACCAGCUGCUGGCUGUACCUUUAUUCGUGAAGAUCCCAAGAAACCCUAUCCCGAGUGCUGUCCACAAAUCAAGUGUUAAUUUUUGUUGAUUAGUAAAAUUUUAUUAAAGAAGAAUACCAAAAGUGAA